UUCUUUUUUUGCCGGCCCUAAUAAUUGCGACAAACCACUUUUUCAAUCUUGUUUUGAUAUGAUGAGAAAAUUGUAGACUUGUUGCGGGUUCUCCCUGUAGUGGUGGAUAAGUGAGCAAAGAGUUGCGUUCUCAUUAAUAUCCGUCACAUGAAAGGGAGAUUUCAAAUUGGUGGAGGAGAAUCUUACCAAGAGUAUUUCCAAUGAUCAUUGGACAAGGUCACCACGCAAAUGAGCUUGUUUUGUAGUUGAAUCAAACAAUUAUAUGUCAAUUUCGUCUGCAAACUCUGCGCUUGUUGAAUAGACUCUAAUCUCCCAAAAAGUUAAUGUCGAGGUUUCUCCACACUCUCUGUUUGCGUCAUCCAAUAAGCUUCAUAUUCCAAAUAUCAACGCUUCAUAAACUUGGCAUUCAGGUGAAAUGACAAAAUCAUGAAUAAACAUGACACAACGGUCAAAUGAUCAGUGUGAAUGGGAACGUCUUGUCAGACUCUUUUACGGACAGUUGACUUUUGAUGAAUGUAAAAGAAACUUUCAAUUUCCAGUCAAAUUCUCCGUCAGUCCACAUUUGGCUUUGGGCAAAGAAAGAUUAAAAUCUAUACCAUGGUAAGUUCACGAGACAACAACAACAACGGCCGUCUCUCAAUAUCUUCUAUCGACUCAUUUUAUUUCAAGACCCGACUUCAAUGGGCAUUUGCUUUUAACGUCUUGUUUCUUUGGCUGAACGUGGAAUGUCUCAAUUUGGAACAUUUCCUUCGAUCGGAAGUGUCCGCCAUCGAUCCCCAAGUACAAUCCUCUCUUCAGGAACGACAACCAAGAUUUCUCAUUCGGACAACCUCCACCGUGACUGCGACCUCAUUUGUUUCGACCUCAACGGCUUGUUUCACAACAGCUGCCACUUUUACCGCUAUUUGUGCACGAAGAAAAAAGCGGGGUUUUCGAAUUUUGGACGCGCCCAUUCGAGGACAGCACCCUGCAGAAAGCCAAGUCCAGCCUAGUCAAUCCGUACAACAAAAAGGUGCUCAAGAGGCGACAAUCCCUGAGAUUCAACCAUCUAUCACUACUGCAAGUCGAGAGGGUCGGUUUUUCCAAUUUCUCUUUACAACAACCUUGACGACAACAACAUUGACGAGUACCACAAUAACGGGUACAACCACCUUUACAUUGGGGGCUUGCCAACCAUCGAGUUUUAUAUAUAACGCAUGUUAGUGAUGAAGUAUCCCAUGGGAUAUUUGGAUGUAUACUACAAAUGAAUGAUUUGAAGCCAUGAUGAAUUACAUACACUAUUGCCUGUAA